AUGGCUACGUGGAAUGAGGAGGUUGGCAAGUUAAAUGCCUUAAGCCCCACGGAUUUGACGCCCACAAAACCGCCACGAGUUUGGCUUGAUAGCCCAGUGGCAGAGCAUAAGACUGAACAGCUGGUUGAUUCUUUCGAUUCAUCGAGGGUGCAGAACAUUACCUCGCUAAGCCCACCCUCGAAAGCAUCUCCGUUCGACGCACCUCGACUAGCAUCACCGACCAAAAAAUCUCCUCCCCCUCCGCUAUUACUUAGCAAUCCAAAAGCCUCCAUACCGCCGUUUGUACCCACGCACCGCCGAACAAGAACGGAAGUUUUGACACCUACUGGAAACACUUUGAGAUUGUCCGACCCUCCUGUCCACCUACACUCCCGGGUUGUCCAGGGACAGAUUGACUCAAAAGCUGCUGGGAACGGUUUCUUAAAUGGACUGUUUCAUGGAGAGUCUGCACCUAUUCGCCUUGGAAUAGCACCUUCAGACAAAGACUCAACAUUUGAGGUAUCACCCAUGGCUCGCAGUCGCUCUUUGUCUCCGACAAAAAUGGCAGCCUCAUCUCCACUAAAAAAUCUCGCCUAUUCGAACCUGUUUUCCUUCUUUAGUGGGAAAUCACAGAGGGAACAACCACAUACUAUGCCAGAACCUGCUGAUGAUGAACUUUUAAAUCUUGACAUUAAUGCUUCUCUCUUUGGCGCUAGAGGGCCGAAUGUUUCUACAGAAGAAGAGCUUAUUGACUUUCAGCGCAACGCCGAAGCAUUGGUUCGCCAAUUGCAGGGCGCCUACAAGUUACGCACUUUCGCUCUGCACCAAGCACUCGCAGAGAAGGUGCAGCAGAAAGAGGAGUUAGAGGAGACUCAAUCCCGCCUUUACAAUAUGAAAUAUCAAUUGGAUGGAAUGGCUGCUAGGGUUGUGGAACAAGACCAGGAAAUGAAGGCUUUGGCAGAAGAAUUGAAAUUGGAAAGACAGAAACGACAGCAGGAAGAUGAGACACGUCGACGCAGUGCUACAAUUGUUAAUGGCUAUGACAGCUUCAACAAUUCAACUGGGGUUGCAACUAGUCUUCCGAAUAGACAUACUAAACAAUUAUCAAGUGGUGCGUCCGCGAGCGGCGAUUCAGGGUUCGAAUCUGCAGAUGAAAGCAUUGCAGAGAGUAUAUUCUCAAAACGCAGUGAAGAUACGACCCCAACACGGCCAGCUUCGAUUGUUUCAACAAAUUCGGAAUAUCCGGCCCCCCCGUUGAUAGCCACUCAAUCAGCGCAUCUGCCAUCGGCAAUGAAACCCCAGACUGUCACUCAAACACGACCAUCAGCCUACGACAGAGUUCUCAAAGGCAUCACCGCCGCAGGUUCAUCCUUGACUGGCCUAACUGCAUCCAAGUGCCCUAACUGCCACGGAGCUAAGCUGCCAGAUCCUGGCCACGUUGCAGCCAUUCUACAGCAGGAGAACCGUGUGCUAAAAACACGGAUUUCUGAGCUUGAAGAUGCAGUUGAAGAGUGUAUUUCCCUUGUUGGAGGUUAA